AUGGCUGUGGGCUCGCUUUUGCCGCAGGGCGCGCUGGGGAAACUUUGCCUGCGGAGGAACAUGCGAGCCUCUAGUGCAUCAAAUUUCAAUCCUGAUGCUGCUGAUUCCAUUCCAGGAGAAAGACCGCUCACAGAUACAAACUGGGUAAAUAAAGAUAGGAAAGACUCUAACAGUAAUCAGAAUAGAAAUAAUUUACCAUGUCCUAGUCUGUCUUCUGAAAGAGGUACAGAUUAUGAAAGCUCUUCCACAAAGCAUCAUGGCUUUUGUAAUCCAGAAGGUCAGUAUGGGAAUUCUGAAGACUUCCACCAGUAUUUUGGUACCAGUAAAAGUUUGAAGAAUCGCAACUUGCAAAGCCAGAGAUGGCACAGAUCCAGAAACGAUAGCACAUGUACUAGAAGUAAGAUAAGGCAAAGUACUGCUGAUGUUGCUGCAGGUCCAGGAACUUCAGAUGCUGCAAUAUUACCUGGGAGAAGAGCACCUCCUAGGGGAUACAAUGACUUUCUGUCCUCGGAGAGUGACAGGGAGGUACCUAAUGCAGAUAGUAGAGGAGCAAAGCCAAAGAAAACGCAUCUGAUGCAUGCAUCUGGAAGAGGUUUCAGGGAGAAGGGAAAGCAGGUACAUGACCGGGAAAAGAGAGUGAGCUCUAAACAGAAAGUAGAGCUGUUUGGAAAUGUUCCAUCUUUGGAUUUGACUCAGUCUGACUCUUCAGAAUCAUCUGUUGGAAAAGCAUUCUGUGAUGCACCUGUUGGUAGUGGGGAUGAGCAGAAAGGCUACAAUUAUGUAAACAAAAGAUAUCCCCGGAAGCCUGUGUGGAAUAAACCUCCGGUAGAAAAGGAGUGUCAGAAAAGACAUGAUUAUCACCGUAGUAAAAACACAAAAGUAGGUAAGAAGUCUUCUCUUGCAUAUACUCCAAAAGAUAAAAAUGAGAGGAAGAAAGAUCUCUGUGUUCACAAAAACAAUGAUAACUUGCCCAGUGAAACCAGGCAUCAGUUGUCUGAUUCUGUCAGAUGUAAUGGACGAAAGUUCCUGCUAAGGGGGGAUCAGGCACCUGCACUUCAUUUCAGCUGGACCCAGUACUGGAAAAAGCAGAGUGAUGUACCAAAAAACAAAGAAACUCAUACAGGGUCGUUGAUUGAACAGCUGACCACAGAGAAGUAUGAAUGCAUGGUAUGCUGUGAGGUGGUCCGAAUAGUAGCCCCAGUAUGGAGCUGUCAGAAUUGUUACCAUGUAUUCCACCUGAAUUGCAUUAAGAAGUGGGCACGAUCGCCAGCUUCACAAGCUGAAGAUGGUAAUAGUGGUUGGAGAUGUCCAGCUUGUCAGAAUGCUUCUACUCAAGUUCCUAAAACUUACACGUGUUUCUGUGGUAAGGUGCACAAUCCUGAAUGGAACAGAAACGAAAUCCCACAUAGCUGUGGGGAACUUUGUGGAAAGAAGAGACAGUGUUUGGACUGUCCACAUCUUUGUAACAUCCUGUGCCAUCCAGGACCUUGCCCUUCAUGCCCAGCCUUUGUAACAAAAACGUGUGAAUGUGGGCAAACAAGUCAUUCAGUUCGCUGUGGUCAAUCAACAAAAAUACAUUGUUCUAAUGUAUGUGGAAAUACUUUAAACUGUGGUAAGCACAGCUGUACUCAAGUGUGCCAUGCAGGAAAAUGUUCACCUUGCCAAUUAACAGUACAGCAAGUGUGUUACUGUGGAAGCAACUUUAAAGAAGUAUUGUGUGGGACAAAGGAAGAAUUCUCUGAUGGAUUUGGGAAUUUCUCAUGUCAGAAUAUAUGUGGCAAAAAAUUAAAUUGUGGGAGGCACAACUGUACACAAGUAUGCCAUCCUCAGCCUUGCCAGCUCUGUCCACGACUUCCACAAGUAGUGUAUCGCUGUCCCUGUGGUCAGACUCCUCUCAGCAAGUUACUGGAGUUAGGAUGUGUUGAACGUAAAAUAUGCACAGACCCUAUCCCAUCAUGUGGAAAAACAUGUGGCAAACCUCUUUCCUGUGGUAGCUAUGAGUUUGUUCAUACAUGUGAAAGCCUUUGCCAUGAAGGAGACUGUAGACCAUGUUCUCACACAUCAAAUAUUUAUUGUAGGUGUGGCUUCAAAAAAAAGGAAGUCCCAUGUGCUCUCCUCAGAAAUAAAGCUGCUAUUACAUUCAUGUGUGACAAGCGAUGCAACAAGAAAAGAUCAUGUGGACGACACAAGUGUAAUGAAGUUUGCUGUGUGGACACAGAACAUAAGUGUUCUUUGGUUUGUGGCCGUAAACUCAACUGUGGGCUUCAUAGAUGUGAAGAACCCUGUCAUCGGGGCAGUUGUCAAACAUGCUGGCAAACAAGUUUUGACGAGUUAACUUGUUAUUGCGGUGAAUCUGUGAUUUACCCCCCUGUCCCCUGUGGCACUCAACCCCCAGAGUGUAAAAAAACAUGCACCAGGCCACAUGACUGUGAUCAUCCAGUGUACCAUUCAUGUCAUAGUGAGGAGAAAUGUCCACCCUGUACCUAUCUCACUCAGAAGUGGUGUAUGGGCAAGCAUGAACUGCGAAGUAAUAUUCCUUGUCAUCUCACUGACAUUUCCUGCGGACUUCGCUGCAAUCAGAUGUUAAAAUGUGGAAUGCACAAAUGUAAAAGAAUCUGUCAUAAAGGAGAAUGUCUUAUAGAUGAAGAGUGUAAACAGCCAUGUACUAUCCCAAGGCUAUAUUGUAAUCAUCCCUGUAUGGCUCCAUGUCAUCCUUCUUCACCCUGCCCAACAACAUCCUGCUGUGCAAAGGUUGAUCUUCAGUGUGAAUGUGGAAGAAGAAAGGAGAGUAUGAUUUGCUCAGAAGCAUCUAAUACAUAUCAAAGAAUAGCUGCUAUAUCUAUAGCCACUAAGUUAACAGAUCUACAGCUUGGGGAUUCAGUGGAAAUCAGUAGGCUUAUUACAAAAAAAGAAAUGAAGCAGGCCAGGUUGCAAUGUGAUGAAGAAUGCUUAGCUCUUCAGAGGAACAGGCGUCUUGCUGAGGCUCUCGAAAUAGAUGAUAAUUCUGAUCCUUUUAACAUCCGUUCUUCUGGACCAAAGUACAGCGACCUUUUAAAAGAAGAUGCAAGGAAGGAUUUAAAAUUUGUCAGUGACAUUGAGAAGGAAAUGAGAAUGCUUGUGGAAGCUGUGAAUAAGGUCAGUAUCCAGAUAUUCU